AUGGCGAAAGGUGACGAUGCAGUGAGGAAGAAGCAGAACAAGACCAAUAGAAAGAAACUCCGCAAGAAUGACCAAUCUUCCUCUGCAGUUUCUGCUCGCGUUGCCUCCAUUAUCGCCGCCAAGAAGCGCCGCCAUUCUGGUAAACGCCGCAAAUGUCAGGGUAUGUGCUUUAGCCUUCCUACCCUUGAUGAUCCCUUCAACGACAGGAAUGGUGCAAAGACUUUUGAAAGAAAAACAACCAAGAAAGAGAUGCUUCCACGUAAUCAUGAGAAGGUGUUUUUGAACGAAAAAAGUAGAGAAACUCUAAGAAAUAGUGAAAAGGUAGAUAAUCCAGGGCAGGAAAAGGAGACAGUAACAAGUUUGAAGGAUAAGCUAAAGAAAUCACUGACAUCAAUUAAUAGCACGGCCCAGAAAAGCCAAAUUGACCCAGGACGGAAAAAGACUCAGCUGAGUGGGAAUGGUGGCGUCUAUGGGCAUCAUGGACAGGUCUCUGAAAACUUAGACUGUCCAUCUAAGUAUCUGAUUCAGUGCUUGAAUGCAAUAGAAAAUUCAUUGCGUUGUGAUGGUACCUACAAUAAUGAGGAGGACAAGCCUUUAUUUGUUAGUACUUGGGGAGUUGAGUUUUGGAAAUGUUAUUCAGCUCGAAAGGAUAUAUUAGAGACAAGUGGAACUUCUUCUACAAUAGAGCAAAUUGCAUGGAUGGUUUCCAGUGCUGCUGAUUCAAUUUCUGGAAAGGAUGAAGAAGAUCUAUCAGUAACCAGCCCAUUUCUUUUGUUCCUUGUUCCAUCCCAGGAGAAAGCCACCCAGGUACGCUCAGUAUGCAAACCUUUGAAGGUUCUUGGAAUACAUACAGUGAGUAUACACCCUGGUGCUUCCUUAGAUCAUCAGAUUGAAGGUCUGAAGAGUUCUGAACCUGAGUUUAUGAUUGCAACACCUGAGAGACUUUCAGAGCUUCUUUCCUUGAAGGCUGUAGAUCUAUCUGGUGUUUCCUUGCUGGUUGUUGAUGGACUGGAAUCUUUCUAUAAACAAGGUUGCUUUGAUAAAAUAAACUCCAUUCGCCAAUCUAUGAGUGGAAAAACCCAUACAGUUGUUUUCAGCAAUUGCUAUAGACAUGCCUGUGUACGAGGGUUACAAAAUCUUCUGAUGGGAUCAGUCCAUAGAUUAUCUCUAAAUAAUUCUGUCACCGGUCAAAGUGCAUGCAUCAUUCAGUCUGUAAACAUUUGUCUGAUGAAAGAAAAACUACCGAAGGCCAUCCAAGUUCUUGAUCAGGCUUACGGUGGUCGACUCCGUCAUCAGGCUUCAAAGGUGCUAUAUAUAGUAGGGAAAGAUAACAAGCAUCAUAAACUAGUUAAUGCGCUAAAGUUCAAGGGCUAUUCCAUCUCACCUGACUCAGUUUUCUCAGAAGUUGGGAACAGUGUGGAAUCCAAGGGCAGGGCAAGGCCUGCAGUCUCCAUGAUUGACAUAGACCAAAUUGGUACAACCGAAUUAGGUGAAUAUGAAGUUGUAAUUAUACCCGAUAUGACUCUUCCAAUCGAGAGUUACGUUCAAAUCCUCACGAGAAUGGCUCGCUACACUGUGAAUGGCGUAUUGCAUAGCUUGUUUACCAGAGAAGACGCAGAGCUUGCUGGACCGCUGACGAAGAUCCUUGAACAAUGUGGGCAGGCAGUGCCUGAAGCCCUAAGAAAAAUGUCUUUUUCAUAA